AUGAUCUACUAGGUAAAAUUAUUGUUUCACAAAAUAUUUAUUUUUAAUAUGUGUAAGUCACACUGCUUAAAAUUAAAUUUUAGAUUGAAUGACAGAAGCAGAUUUUUUGAGGUUUAGGUGUCUAACAUGGAAGUUAAGCGAGUGAAGAGGGAUGUUAAAGCUUUGCUUGGUGAAUACAUUGGACAAAGACUUAGAGAAAAUGGAUUUGAUCCAAAGGGGAAAGGCACAUCUACCAUGUUAGAUGAUCUGGCACAUUAUGACUUGGCUAUAAGUGUGGCUUUGUGGUGGCUCAAUAAAGAGAAUGGGAAGAAUGCAGGAGAGAAUGAUGUCAUAGGAAUUGGUAGUCCAGGACAGUACCCUAACCACCAGGAAAGAGAAGCAAUGAUUCUUUCAUCUUUUGCAGGAAUGCUGCUGAACAGUUUACCUAUACAAGAUAUUCUGUCGUUGUAUAACUGCAAGCCAUCUGCAUUACACCCACAGAACCACAGUAAGGGCAAUAUUGUUCAUCCAUUCUCCCUUUCCUAUCAUCCAUUUGCAAUGCUUGGGUCAUUCAAAGCGGUGGACCACUCAAGAAAACACACCCUAGUGCUGAAACGGCAAAUGAAGGAGCAGAGUAAACAGAAUGUUUCUGCAGGAACUGAGACAUCCUCCACCUCGUCCUCUUCUAGCUCAUCAUUAAGUGACAGUGAAGAUACUUUAAAAGAUGAAAGAGAACUCUGUGAAGGAUCUCAAGAAUCUCUGCAGGACGGAAGACACAUAUAG